AUGAGUGCAUGCUCGCAGUGCACGGCUGGGUCUGCAUCGCUGCAGAAGGUGUCAGGAGGGGGCCUGGCGUGUGGCAAAGCCUGCAACUUGCCAGGCUGCCUCACGUGCUCCGACUCCGUCACCUGCGCCAAGUGCGCUGAGGGCUUCCACGCCGUCAACGCAGGCGCCAAGUGCAAGCUCCCCGACUGCACCUGGACGCUCAACCGCACCUCCACGCCGCCGCUCCCCGACGGCGGCUUCCGCGCGUCAGGCGCCGGCUGCCGGGCCGGCUUCACAGACGUGGGCCUCGCCUUUGACCUUCCCUUCAUCCGCGCCACGGGCUGCCCCGAGCCCACCAACCUCGCCCGCGACCCCAGCGGCCUGUGGCUGGCCUACGGCGGCGCCUGCUCCCAGGUUGUCCCGCCCCUGCCCAGCGGCUACCGCAUCACGCCGCCCUGGAACGCGUCCGUCACCAUCACCUCCCUCCUCAUCACCAACUGGUCCCCGAACGCCACCCUGCCCUUCAUCGUGCGCUUCACGACGCCCACCGGCGCCACGCUGGACGUAGUGGUGCCCCGGGGAUCCGCCAAGGGCAAGGCCUGGAGCCUGCCUGCCCAGGGGCUCACCAUACCCGCCGCCUCCCCUGACACCCCGCCGCUCACUCCCGGCUACACGGUGGAACUGUUGGCUUUCCCUAGGGACACCCCCAGCCGCACCGCCUGGGCCGCCAUGUGA